GGGAACGGGGUGGAGAUAACAACAGUACACAUUUCAACCUUGUCAAUCUUGAGUGAAGAAGAUCUUAAUGUUACCUUCAGUGCUUUACAGAACCUUGACCUCUGACGUCCACUCCAUCUUUUAACGUUUUUGGUUUGACCUUUGAAUGUUUACGACUGCUGUGAAAUCAAGAAAGUUUUAUCUGAUGAAAGUUCCUCCGUGAAAUUGACACCAAUUUUGUUUUGACACCUCGGUUUUCAUGUGAUCUACUGUAUGUUGUCCACUAGUGUCUGAACAUAUGUCUUGUUUAUAUCUGUCAUAUUUGGCGAAAAUCGAUUGGACGACGAUUCUGCGGCAAUCGCCUGAGCCUCGCUUAUAAAGAUAACUUUAUUACGCAACUAUUGUACAAGGUACAAAGUAUGGAUUGUAUGUGACAGGGACGGUUUUCCGGUGAAAAAUACGCGCAACCCUCUGUCGAUCUUAAAUAUCUUUCAUCGAUACGCCCAAAGAUCUUGGAUAAUGUGACAGGGCCAUGCAUGUAUGGUGAGCCCCCUUGGAAAUUUUCAAAAGUUGCAGGGCUGGGGUCACGCACCAGUUUUGAAAUGAAUAAAUAAAUAAAUUUCAAGACCACCAUCAGAUCAGAGUUUCUAUAUUGUUAUGCACAGUAUUACAUGUUAACUAUGUCAAAAUUUUUUCCCUUUUAAGAGUACUAUUUUGGAUAUUUCAUUUUGAAAUAAGAAGACUGCAGGGAUAACGUACUGGAUUGCCAUUAUGCUGUCACGUUUGUUGUUUACUUCAAAUAACUCGUAUGAAGUGUCCCUUCUACCUCAAGUCAAGUCAUGUGUAGUGACAGGUUAACCGGUUAGACAACAUCUUCAGACAGGGUGUGACACUGGCAGGUCAGCACUGCAAGCUUGAAGAUCUCUAACUUUGUCACCAACUUUGUCUUACAGGUUAAACGGCGAACUGCAGCACAAUCGAACCUGUCCACAACUUGCUACUUGAACCUGAAGGCAUCUUUUCCAAAAUGUCCUGUCGAGAGGAGUUCUCCCUGGCCGCCCUCCGCCUACACCACCGCGAUCGCUCAGUCUUCUCUCGCUCACCGUGGUGGCGCGGGCAGGUAGGCUUUCUGGUCUACAGGUCGCUGAUGACGGCCCUGACGCUGGCCAUUUUGGUGUUCCUACUGAUCUAUCACUACCAUAUCCAGGGACGGUCCGACCCGUGGCCGAUCUACCUGACCAACUGGAGCUUCACCGUCCUUACCGCGCACAUGGCCAUGGCUUUGGUCGUCUGCGUCGUGGACUUCGUGUCUGAACAAGGAGCAGGACCGACUACCAUGGCCACCUCGUCCGAAAACACCACCAAUAGAGACAUAGCCACGGUAGAAGAAGCAGUUCAGUUGACUGAUAUUGAGCAUGUUGGUGAUGAUGAGAAUGAAGAAACGAUCCAAGACAGUAGCGGACUGCACUGGUAUCACAAAGCCCACUGGAUCUUGCACAACACCAGCAUCACCGCGGCUUUCUUUGUCACAACGCUCUAUUGGACGUUGGACAGGGGCACGGUGUCUGUCAGCAGCAUAUUUGAACAUGUCGUAAACUCCAUCAUCGCGCUUCUGGACCUCUCAGUCAGCGGCACACCAGUUAGGAUCCUAAACGCGAUCUACCCUGUAGCCUACGCAGCGGCGUACGCGGUGUUCUAUGUCGUCUACUGGGCCGCAGGGGGAAAGGGACGAGACGGAGCCACAGCCCUAUACGCGGUGAUGGAUUUUGGGAAGGACCCAGGCAUGGCGGCAGUGUUUCUGGUGGUGUUCGUGUUCGUUGCGUCGCCGGUGUUCCAUCUCCUGGCGUACGGACUGUACCGUCUGAGAGAACUGGUUGUGACUAGGAUCAAGCGAAGGACCCCAGUCACAGCGCGGUCCUUCGAAACGGAGAACACAAGGAACGUUCAUUCACAAGUCACCUGAUUAUAUAUGACGUCAUGACGUCCUCCUAUCUAGCAGCACAUAGCGCCCACGAUAAGUCAUUCUUGUGGUGAAUCGUUUCUACACCGCUUUAAAAAGUGUAUUUACACGUAUAAUCACUUAAGCAUAGAUAUGAGUUAAUCUUCUGGCGAUGGCACAUGUAAGUUGGUUGGAUGGACGGACGAUGGCUUGUAUCAUCUCCACUCUUUAUCUUGCCUGGUAUCCAGCCGUAAUAUAGCUCCCGAGUCUCUUCUCUCCUCUUAGCAAUAGCAAAGAGGAGAGAAGAGACUCGGGAGCUAUAUUACGGCUGGGUACCAGGCUACUCUUUAUCGUCUCAUGAGAUUUUCACCCACAGAUUCCCUUCAACUCGUACGAUGCAAAUAUUCUGAUGAAUUGGCUGUUAUUUUUUUUUUGCCAUCUUAACGUUUAUAAUGUUAGCAUACCUUUUACCUACUGUAAUAAAACACACUUUUAGUCAUUUGUGCUGCCAGAGUUUUUUUUUAAUUCAGCAAACUAUCUUUUUUUUCUCUUUCUCUUUCAUGUACUAUUAAACCUCUGCACAAAGUCAUUGUAUACAAACGCCGCUUUUCUAUUCUGUACAAUUUAUUUUCGAACCCAUAGAUAUGAAUACAUGGCGUAUUGCAAGGCAGAUAUGACUACCAACAAUUGCACUACUUGUAACAUGAAUGAUGUUCCCAACGUUACCGGUUUCUUAAUGCAGCAUUGUAGCUAACAUGACGUUUCUUUCAUUCUUACAACAGAAUGAACCCAAAACAAAACAACUUUUCGAACGGCAAGACGUACAUUUGUACCAUGAUAUACACUGGUAGAAAAUUCAUAUCAAACCUUUUAUCACAUUUCAGUCGUAUCCUACAUGGUAACAAUAUCCUCAAAACAUGCAAUGUAAAAAGAUCACAGAAAAGCUAAGAUACAGUUUUUACAAUACUGUAGUUAUGGGAAAUAUUGCUUAGAUUGAUUAUGCCUAAACUAAA